AACCAAACCAAACAAAACGUUAACGCCAAAUACAGCCUUAAAAAAUCCACUUGUGUUGUUUCAUAGAUGCUUCCUGUCACCUAUGUGUCAUUCUGUCUGCUCUUUAUUACAAUACGAGCUGAGCCUCAUUGCCUAGGAAGCAGCUGACUGUUUGGCCUCUAUUUCACGAGUGUUUUGCGAUCCUAAAUUGUUGUCUUUGACCAAAACAUUUUGUUUUGUGCCUUUUUUUUUUUUUUUUAGUUUUUUUGUUACGUGUUGAGAAAUUGUGUUGCUGUUUUAGCAGAUUCUUGUCUAUCUGGUUGAUUACAAGCUUUGUUUGAUCUAGAUACAGAUACCCAUUUAGCUAUUUGAGUUAACAUUGGGAAAUCCUUUUCGUUUUUUGAGCUAUUCGGAUUAAAAAAUGUUUCUUUCCUGUUUGUUUAAUUCGAAAGAGUGAGAUCCUUUUGGCGACUUCGGCUGUUUUAACAGAAAAUCGUAUCUUUUUGUUGGAUGCAUUUCCAUUUCAGCAAAAUUUGAUUUUGAUCCUGAAUACAGGGGGCAAAUUUGGGUCGAAGCAGGGACCCUUUCCGCUACUUUAGUCGUUUCAACAAGAAAGUCUUGGUCUUCAUUGAUAUCAUCACCACUUGAUCUUCUAGGCUACGGUAGAAGAUCUGUUUGAUUUCUUUCGUCUUAAGUUUUGACGUGAAUUCUGUUAGAAAUGAAUCGGCAUGAAGAAGAAGAGAUUGUUUACGAGAUAGGAGUGGUGGUACCAAAGAGAAAUGUCAUAGAAGGAAAGGAGAGUCGUGAUUGCGUUGAGAUUCUUGAAGCCGAGUUCAGGAAAGUGGGGUUGAUAGUUAAUAAAGUUUCUGGAGUUUCAGAUGAGUUUAUCAGGGUGGCCGCACCCCUGGAGACUUUGGGGAGGGCUGCAGCUCAGAUGCAGAUGAGGAAGCCUACUCAUAUUGGAAUGGAUCUACAAUUUGAAUGGGAGGAGGUUGAUGCUUUUGUGAAUCAGCCAGAUGGUUCAUUGUUUAGUUGGUGUGAGCGUUUUCAGUGCUAUCAACACUUACUAUAUGGGAUUGUAAACAAGAGUGACUCUGGCAUUGUUUUAAAUUUUGAUGGCAAAGAAUUCCAUUGGGAAGUUGGACAAUCUUUAUUGAAAAGGCUGGAAUCUGAGGGCAUUGUUAAACAAGUCUUUCCUUUACAUGAUGAAACCAAGAGGAGGAAGCUCUUGAGAAGUUGGGCACUCAGCUGGUGGGAUGUGACUGACCAGCCAAUCGAUGAGAUUUAUUCAUAUUAUGGGACCAAGGUUGCAAUCUAUUUUGCUUUUCUUGGAAAGUUUACAAAUUGGAUGUUCUUUCCAGCUGCAUUUGCGCUUAUCUUGCAAUUUUUUGAUUUCGGAUCAUUUCAAUGGCUAGUGCUCCCUGCUUUCUUCAUAAGCAUAAUUUUAUGGGCUGUGUUCUUUUUCCAGUUUUGGAAACGUAAAAACUAUGCCCUACUAGCUCGACUCUCUUUCUGUGGAUUUGAGUUGUGUAGAUGGCAUAUAAAUUGUACAAUUGGUGCCAGCCAAGGACAUAAACUUUUGGGCAUGGAGUGUGGCUCCCUUCAAUCUCCUCUGGAACUCAUUAGAAAAAAGGGAAUGGAUAUAAACCAGGAGAAGCAGUUAUAUCAAAGAUAUGAAUGGCUGGGAUAUUUCAUGCGAUUCAGAAAUGAUGCUAUCAUUAUCCUGAGCAUCAUCUGCCUACAGUUGCCAUUUGAGUUGACAUAUGCUCAUCUUUAUGAAGUUAUUGGAUCUGACUUACUCAAGUUUGGUUUGACAGGCAUUUAUCUUUUUGUCAUUCAGUAUUUCACACGGUUAGGGGGUAAACUAUCAGUCAAGCUCAUCAGAUAUGAAAACAAUGAGAAUACAGAGCAUAGGGCUGACAGCUUGGUGUACAAAGUGUUUGGUCUUUAUUUUAUGCAGUCAUAUAUAGGAAUUUUCUAUCAUGCCCUCCUACAUCGCAAUUUUACAACUCUUCGACAAGUCUUGUUUCAGCGUCUUAUGAUCUCUGAGGUGUUGAACAAUUUGUUGGAAAAUUCUUUGCCGUAUCUUAAGUACAACUAUAAAAAAUACAGGACAAUUAGAAACAAGAAAAAAGACGAGAAAGAAUCAACAAGUGGGAAGAUCCAUGUCACCUCCAGAGUGGAGAAAGAGUACAUGAAACCUGCAUAUUCUGCUAGUAUUGGUGAUGAGGUAGAGGAUGGUCUGUUUGAUGAUUUUCUGGAGUUGGCUUUACAGUUUGGGAUGAUCAUGAUGUUUGCUUGUGCAUUUCCUUUGGCAUUUGCCUUCAGUGUGGUGAGCAACAUCAUGGAAAUUAGAACGGAUGCAUUGAAGCUACUUUCUAUGAUGAAACGACCAGUUCCUCGUGCUGCAACAACAAUUGGAGCUUGGAUAAACAUAUUUCAGUUUCUAAUUGUGAUGUCAAUUUGCACCAAUUCUGCACUUCUAGUUUGGUUAUAUGAUGAGGAAGGGAAAUGGAAAGUAGAGCCGGGGCUUGCAGGAAUUCUCAUCAUGGAACAUAUUCUCCUGCUGUUCAAAUUUGGCUUUUCUCGCCUAGUUCCUGAGGAGCCUGCUUGGGUAAGAGCAAAUCGGGCGAAGAAUGCUACACAGGCACAGAAGGUGUGCUCUAAACAGCUACUGAGGAACUUUUCUGGUGGAGAAAGGACAUUCUAUGGACCAAAGAAGACAGAGUGAAGAUCCAUCUUUUUCAGGUUUAGUCAUUUAAGGUAUCUUAAACAAGAACCAGAAGUUGAUGCUGCUGCUGUUGUUUUAUGGAGCAGAAUUAUGCACCUUAAUGUAUGGGAGUUUGCUGUAAAUUGAGCCUUCUUUCAAGCAUAUUUUUAAGUGGUUUUGCUGCAA